AUGGACACUCGAAGAUGGAGCCCUACAAAAUCUAGUUGGCUUGAGGCUGCCCUCAACAAGCCAGAAACACCAAAACCGAAGCCUGUCGCGCCCAUUUCCAAUCAGCCUGCCUGGAUGGUAGAGCUCAACAAGGCAAAGGCUCAGAAAGCGAAUAAUCCCGACGCCGCAAUUGGCAAGCUGAAUACGCCAUCGCUCAAGCACGAGGUCAAAAUCGAUGGCCUUAUGCGACCAUUGCCGACCACUACAGCCGCAACACCAGCAAACACCACCCCGGUUCUGGGCUCACCGUUCUCUGCAAAUCUAAGAAGCGCCAACACCCCAUCGGCCGCCUCAAAGUCUACCCCGAGUUCCGACACCCCUAGCGCGAGUGACUCCGUCAGACGAGGCUCUACUCUUUCCUUAGAGAAAGCCGACAAGCCUAGCACUCCUACGCCCGUCGACUUCCGCUCUCAACUUAAGUCGCGCCAGACUCCAACAUCGGCCUUGGAUUCGGCCAAGAGCGGUAACGCUGACGAAUUGAAAAACGUGUUUGGAAACUUGCGGAGGACGAAGACUCAAAAUUACGUCGCGCCCGACGAGCUCAAAGAUAACAUCCUUCGAGGCAAGGCCGGCCUCAAUCUCACUGGCGGUCCGAAGAAGACGGAACGCAAGGACGAGUUCAAAGAGGCCAUUCUUAAGAAGAAAGAGGACUUUAAGAAGGCUCAGCAGGAAGGCACCGGCGUUACCCCCGCGAUCCGAAUCAGCAAGCGACCGAAACACCGAUUCCCGAAGGACUGGCGAAGCGAAACCAAUUAG